AUGUCAUUCUGGGAUAACAAUAAGGACAGUUUUAAAGCUGCUGGUUUGGCCACCGCCCGAGGAAUUGGUCGUGGCACAAAGGCUGUCAGCAAAGCCGGCUACAACACCUACAAGAGCCAUGAAGCCAAAAGGAAAGGGCUACCUCCUCCAGAUCAGGGGAAUUCCAGCUCCAGUGCUCCUCCUCCCCCAGUGGACUACCAGUACAAGCCUCCAGAUAAGGAGACGUUGGCGCUGUUGCCCAAACCCGUAAAGAGAAACGUGGGAGCGUACGAGCCUCCCAAGCCAGGUGAGAAGUCGAAGUACCCUACUGUAUCAGCUCAGAGUCAGCAGAAUACAAUGACUCAAGGGCAGCCGCAGUAUUACCCGCAAAAUCAAGGCUAUCAGCAACAACAAGACCAGGGAUUCCAACAACAGGGUUACCAGACUCAGCCUCAAGUUUCACAACAACCUCAAUACCAACAACCUCAAUACCAACAACCUCAAUACCAACAACCUCAAUACCAACAACCUCAACAACAACAGCAAUUCCAGCAGCCAUCUCCCCAGCCUAGCCAACAACAGUACCAGCAGCCACAUCAACCUCUGUACCAGCAAACUCCACAGGAUCAGAGUCAGUAUCAACAGCAGACACAACCUCCAGCGUACGUUCAGGCACCAGGGACUGCUCCAGCUGCUGCCCCAGCCCCAAUUUCAAGCCAAGCCCCAGCUUAUACCGCCACUGGUGCCCCGCCAGUUGCCCAAAGAAAUGCUCCUCCUCCACCUCCCAGGUCAGACUCGUCCUCAAUUCCGCCUUCAGGGCCUCGGCGUGAAGCGGUUUCUCCCGACCAUAGCACCGGAAGCUCCAAGCAGUCAAUGUUUAGACCGGAUGUCGAUCUCUCUCAGUUUGCACCUCCUCCUAUCCAUAAAGAUAGGGGAAGCACAGAGUCGUCGCCAGCACCUAAGCAUGCCAGUUUAACUGGUCUGUCAAUUCCGAGCAAGGAAUCUGUUGCACCCUCCAAUCCUCCUGUGACACAGCUGCCAGGUAUAAGACAGCAUCAAAGCACUGCGCCUGACCCUACAAAGUUUGCGCCUCCUCCUCCAAUUCGUAGAGGUGGUCAACCACCAGCUCCAACGGCUCCAACGAAUGCAGCUGAUGCGCCCACAUCAGGAACAAUGCCGGUUUUACCUGCAAAUCAAAAUUCUCCAGCUAUACCACCCGCUAGGGGACCCCCUCCUGCGUUACCACUGAGAAACUCUGAUCUGACGGCUGCCAGUAAACCUGCCAAGGUACCACCGCCAAAACCAGCGACCAAGCCUUCAUUUUCGUCGCAUCCUUCAUCAACAUCAACUUCGACGGUCCUACCACCUAGCUUACCUGAUAGAGAACCCCGUACGAAUUCUCCACCUCCACCAUAUAAAGUCACUGAGAAUGAGGCGGAGUCGAAUGAACCAGCCCGAGCUGCUCAAAAUUUUUCUGAUUCUUCGUCGACUGGGCCAAACUUUGCAGCUGAAAUAGCCCGUUUAAGAAGUACUGUUUCUACGUUGUCGACUGAGGACGAGACUACAGUUCUGAAAAAAGUGCCUCCUCCAAAACCGGCUAAACCCUCUAAGCCUGCCAAACCAGCUAAACUCGUCAACACUCUGAGCGUUGCAAGCCCUGCUGUUGCUGCUAAACCCAAAAUCGCUGCAAAACCUGAGAUCACUCCAAAGCCUGAAGUUGCCGCAAAAUCCGAAAUCAGCGCAAUGGCUGAUGAAUUAAAGAGCACUAUGCCGAAGCCACAAGUUGCAAAGAAACCUGAGGUAGCUGCAAAACCAUCAGCAGAUGCCGCUGCUGGCAUAAAGACUGCCCCUCCACCUUUACCAAGAAGAGAAUCUCAUCCAGGGAAUCAAACAAAUGUGGUGCCUCCACGCAAACUCCCCCCUGUGACUCCUGUUGUACAGCCAAAGCCUCAAGUGACACCACAACCUUCGCCAAAACCUACGCCUUCUGAGCAGCAGGCUGCUCCACCACCACCAAAGCGGAACUACGAAAGAAAACCGGCUCCUUUGCCACCUCAAGCUUCUGCAGCGUCUGCCAUGGGUGAAGCGCUUCCAUCACCUCACCAGAAUGGUCCUCCUAACUUGGACCUUGAAAUGGGCAGCGGCUGGUUCAUGGUUACAGAUGGACCUAUUGAGUUCCCAAGAGCUUUAAGUGGAUUGAACUACACCACCUCGUACAUGUAUUCCACUCGAGGUGGACCGGGAGGCAUGAAGAAAACAUCUACAAGGGAAUUGACUGUUCGUCUCAAGGACUUGGCUCGGGUCAAGUACAAAUUCAAAUGGGAGAAUGACGAUGUUCAAAGUGCAACUGUGGAGAUUGCCGAAUUCAUGCCCUCGCCAAUCACACAUAGAGUGCCUCUGAAUGCUGAACUCGUUGCCUACAGUCAGCAAUAUGGAGAGCAUGUAGCUGCGUGGGCGCUUCAUCACGAAGGGCAGAGGGUAGAUCGUGGAGAGUGCUGGGACCUUGCGAAGUUUGCUUUGGAAAAAGGCUGUGGAAAACAUGCUUUCAUAUCAACGUAUACUCAUCAUGGAUUCCCCAUUUUGGAAGUGCAUGGUUCACCCAAUGGUGCUACAGUGGUGCGUCCUCAGGCUGACGAGAUAAGAAGAGGAGACAUUCUUCAGUUCACCACGGCCAAAUUCGAAAACAAGGCCACGGGAAGCUGGCUGACAGCAGGAGAUCCCGACCAUACAUCGGUGGUGAUUGAUAAAGUAGGUGCCAAAGUUAUGGUACUUGAGCAGAACGUGGGCGGCGUGAAAAUUGUGAAGAGAGGCGAGUAUGAGAUUGGAAAUAUUACUCAAGGAUCUGUUGUUGGUUACAGGCCCAUGCCUGCCAGCUGGAUUGAAUAA